AUGCCUGAACGUUCAAUAAAAGUCCACCCUAAUGAUCGACCAUGGGUUAACAGCAAUCUGAAAUCACUGAUAAAUCGACGACAAAAAGCCUUUACAUCUGGUAAUGUCACUCUUUUUAAAAUGUUACGUAAUAAAGUUAAUCGUGAACGAAAACGUUGUCGUAAGAGCUAUUAUCAAUCUAAAGUUCAUAAUUUACGUAACACUAACCCCCGAGAUUGGUGGCGGGAAGUGAAGCAGUUGUGUGGCACAUCUAAACAUAACAACAAAAGUGUAAAAGACCGCCUCCAUCAAGAUUUAUGGCAGGAGACAGACAUAAACCUCAGUAAUAAAAUUAACAAUGUUUUUAUAAAUGUGAUACAGAACUAUGUUCCAUUAUCUGAAGAUACGGCUGUAAUUGUACACAACGAUGAAACGCCUAUUAUUGUGACCGAGUCAACUAUAGCUAGAAAAUUGCAAGAAAUUAGUACAUCGCGUUCCAGUGGCCCUGACGGUAUUUCCAAUUGGGUUUUAAAAACCUAUUCGGAUAUUCUCGCCUCACCAGUUGCAAAUAUAAUCAAUUCUUCCUUUCAAAGUUGCAAAGUCCCUCAAAUUUGGAAGCUGGCUGAUGUGGUCCCCUUACCAAAAACAUCUACUGUCAAAGACUUGGAAAGGGAAUUACGACCUAUUUCCUUAACUUCUACCCUAUCAAAGACAGCGGAACGUCUUGUAAUCGAAAGAGAAGUAAAACCAACUUUGUUAAAGGUUGUUGAUCCCCAACAAUUUGGCUUUAUUCCAAAUUCUUCCACUGUACUUGCCUUGAUAUCGAUGCUCCAUUGUUGGUUGAGUGCAACAGAUGGAAGUGGUUCAUCUGUUCGUACUAUAUUUCUUGAUUAUAAAAAAGCAUUUGUUGCGAAAUUAUUCAGCCUUGGUAUUAAGCCCUGUGUGGUUAACUGGAUUAUUGACUUUUUACGUAAUAGAUGGCAAAGGGUCAAACUAAGUGAUAAUUGUUUCUCAGACUGGCUCCAAGUUCCAGCUGGUGUCCCUCAAGGCACACGACUUGGGCCUUGGCUAUUCUUAGCCAUGAUAAAUGACCUUGUGUUACAAAAUCACCUUUCAGAAAUGUGGAAAUUUGCCGAUGAUACUACGGUCUCUGAAAUUGUUGAAAAAAACGAACAAAGUACUUUACAAAUGGAUAUCGAUGAUAUUACUACUUGGUCUAUGAACAAUUCCUUUCAACUAAACCCAUUUAAAUGCAAAGAAAUGGUAAUAUCCUUUUCACGAUUACCACCUGUUUUUGAACCUAUACGUAUUGGUGACCGAAAUUUGGAAAGAGUGACAAGUAUCAAAUCGCUUGGAGUUAUAUUAAGAAAUGACCUUAAAUGGAUAGACCAUGUAAAUUCAAUUGUCUCCAAAGCAGCUAAACGUUUAUAUUUGUUGAGGCAACUCAAACGUGCUGAUGUCGCUUCGGCAGAUUUGGUCAAAUUUUUUUGCAGCUGUAUAAGGUCUGUCCUUGAAUAUGCGUGCCAAUUAUUCCAUAGUUCCCUGCCACGAAAUCUUGCAAAAAACAUUGAACGUAUACAGAAGCGAGCAAUGAAAAUAAUAUUCUAUGAAUUGUCUUACGACGAGGCUCUUAACAUCGCUGGUAUUUCUACUCUUGAAAACAGACGGGAGUAUCUAUCCAAUAAUCUCUUCAACGACAUUGUUUUAAAUGAUGAUCAUAAACUUGCCAAACUUUUACCAUCCAAAGCAGGCAAUAGAGAAUUACGAAAAGAAAGAUCUUUUGAAGUUUCACCAGCAAGUACAAAUCGUUUCGGAAACUCUUUUAUCAACUUUUAUGCUAAGAAACAUUACAAAUCAGAUGUUCCUUGA